AUGAGUCCCUUCGCCAGAGCCCGGGCUAGAGAACUUGAAGCCCAAACCGGACUGACCCAAGAAGACCUCCUCUGUUUCAUCGAUGGCCUCAACGAAGCGUUUUUAGCCAACCCCGCUCUGCAAGCGACCAACAAAAUCGCUAUGCUUGUUGGCUUUGUCCCGCUAGCAACAGCCCAGAUAGUCGGGAGUGGACUGCAGGUUGCCACAAGCUUAGGCAGUGCGGGUGUCUCGGCUGUACGGACCAAGCAGUAUUUGAAGAAGGCCAAUGAGGUCAUUUUCAAUCCAAAGGGACUCUUGGUCAGAGUUGUCAAAACUGAUAAGAUGCUUUCGCUAGUUGGAGUGCGAGACUCAAGGGUCUUUUCAGCAGAGCAAUAUCGGGCACUUGUUGGUCGGGAUGAGAGUCAAAGUCAGAGCCCCCUCGUAACCAGAAUGGCGGCUCUGGGUGAUCGCGUGAUGUCUCUAAGCUUCGAUGAAUUGGCAGCUCCUAUCGAUGAGGACAACUGGAUGAAGAAAUGGGGAGCUUACUCUGCGCAAAAGGCAGAGAAAAAGCAACUUGAAAAAUUGGAAAAAGAGGAGAGGCGGUAUAAGAAAGCAGGCGAGAAAGAGAAGAAAGACAAGAAAAGCCGACGGAAUGAGCGCAAGGUGGAAAACGCAGUCGCCGACUUAAAAGACGACAUAGAGGAUAUCAAGGAAAGAAUGCAGUGCCUGAAUCCAAGACAGCCAGAUGAAAGUAAAACUGGGCGGGAAUUGCUGCGAAAGCUGAGGUCGUUGGAGAGGAAGUUGGCCGAGCUGGAGGAAGACAGGGAAGACACCUUGUCCCAAAAAAGCGACAAAAGAGAGAAAAUACAAGCCAAGAGAGACCAAAAGGAAGCGAAAAAGGUCAAUAAGCUUCACUGGAUAGUGAUCCUGCCAGCGGACACAAGCACAGGUGACGAGGAGCACGACUUGGAUUCAGAUGAUAGAUGA